AUGGCUAUUGGGGAGGAUGUCGAUGUUGAGUCAAUCGGAGGACGCAAUACGAUAGAACGAUGGAUCAAGUCGCUCGAGAAGGCGUUCUUGGAUUAUGCGGCGCAGAUGUAG